GGACACUAGCCGAGGCUCCUUUCGUUCGGCUUUGGUGUCAUCCACAGUGUUUCGUGACCACCGUGAGAAUUAUCCACUGCAGCGCUGUGCUAGGUGAUAUGGAAUGCAGCCACCCCACUGUCGCUUCUCACCCAACUUUUUACCAUUCGUCAUACUUCAUUGCAUGCAUUUCUCUAAGCACUUUUCAUGCCAGGUCUAUUUAAAAUCAGUUUAGUUUCACCACCGAACCCUCAUGGCAAUGCGACACACAAAGAUGAGAUCAGGAAGUCGGUCUGGGCAGCAGGUUCACGGUCGGUGGGCCAGUAAAAACCCGUCUCCGCCCCCCAGUCGGUCCGGACCUGUGUGAAUAAAUCACGGCCACCGGCAGGACGACCCUCGCUCCAACUCGUGAUGCCCCCGUCACGGCCAAGGUUUCCCCCGGUCUCAGAGCCAACCGGGUGCAGAUCCGGCAUGGAAACUGCAGCCAUGCUUUUACGGAGCGGUACUCUGACGAGCAUGACCGGACGUCAUAGUUGUGAGCAGUGCUAACUUCCCCGUAACCUAUUUACGCACUGGAGUGUAACGGGAAGUUGCAUUGGACACUCCAGCGAACGGACCAACACCGAGAUGCAUCGUUUAUUGUGUUCGUUAGCUGAAGAAACCCAUGGUCUCUAUUGGCUGAGCAUAAGGCGGCUCCUUUGAAUGGCGAUGAGUUUGCAUUUGUGCUGUAAUUAAUGACGUCCACGGCCUACCUGACAAUCAGAUGCAGCUUUGAAUAAUACUUGCAUCACUGCCACAGAAAACACAACGUAAUGCUGAAGUAAUAUACCUCAUUACGAUAUGCUCGAUACUUGCCAGCCUAUAGAAUGACUUGGCAGAUGCGUUAUUUGUGGUUGAUAGCGUAUUGCGUCGCAGUGCUUUAUGAAAUGUGUAUAAAUGUUUUGGUGUAACUAGUAUAAAUUGGAGUUUAUUACGGAGCGAGCGAAGCGAGCGGAGUCUUACGUAGAAUAACGGAAAUUUCUGAGUAUGAGCGGCCGGCCGGCCGGCCGGCCGGCCGGCCGUGCGGACGCUUUUGCGAGGCUUAUAUCUCAGCAACCACUUGACCGAUUUACACGCGGUAAUUUUUGUAGGGUAGCUUCAUCCCUUCUACCAAGUAUUGGACUAUUCCCGAUGCAUGUGGGUGACCCCUUAUGCACGUGCCACGUGCAAAACGAAGAGGUGUCACUUUUGUAAUUGUUGCAAUAUCUCGGUAACUACUUGGCCGAUUGCGCUGAAAGUUGGCAUGUAGGUAGGCACCCACUAGGCACUACAUAUCCAUGUGCCAGAGUUGGGGUGCUGCUGCACGUGCGCACGUGCAGGGGUCGUUUCCAGAUCUCGAGAACGGCUCGACCGAUUGCGCUCAAAUUUGGUACACAGUUAGGGACCGUUUAGUAGGGUGCCGUGCACAAGUCAGUUGGGACCCAUUUUGCACGUGCGCACGUGCAGGGUGCCGCUUCCAGAUCUCGAGAACGGCUGGGCCGAUUGUGCUCAAAUUUGGCACAUCGCUAGAGACCGGUUAGUAGGGUGCCGUGCACAAGUCAGUUGGAGGUACCCCUUCGAAAUUUCGCACGUGCAAGGCUCACCCUCUCGCUCGCUCCGUUAGUCGCCCCAAAAGGCGUUAUACUGGUAUGACAAUUGUGUAAAUGAAUAUGCAUGCAUAAAUGUAAAAAAACUAGGUGCAUGAACACUUGAAACUGUAUUGCUCCACCAUUGCUCUUACGAGCAAAGUAAGUCAUAAACCAUAGUCAUUAAGGGUCCUUUUAUAUUUAAUUUUGCAAUCUUACAAUAAUCGUUUGCCAUAGGUCCAUAGGUAUAUAGUGGUCUUUGCGUUUGCAUGUUUUUGGCCACAAAUUAACAUUACUUUGUGCCUAAAUAUGUGCCAUCAUAUGAGUAAUUUCUCGGCAUGCUUAUCUGUUGGCAAAGGGUCUCGUACUGUUCGUGGUGUGCACUGGCAUUGAGCAGGAUUCUCUCAAAAUGAUAGGCAUUUUGGUGCACUUGUUUUGCUUAGGAAUAACAUGCCUAAUUCUGAAAUGACACGUGAAGAAAGCACAAAGCUGCACAAACCAGGCAAAUGGCGUAUUUCUAACAAAGGUAAUUUUUUUCUUUCUGUUGAGGUAUGGCGGGCUCAUCAACGCAAUUUUAAUUGGGAAGUGAUGGAAAAAGUGUAUUUGUAGUAACUGUUACAUACGCUGCGAAGUGUUUUAUUACGCCAUGCAUCUUUCCGUCAAUCUUAUCGUUCUGUACUGAUUCGUGCUCUCUGAGUCGCUGCAAGCUAUAUCUCCGCACUGUCCGUGCCCUCUUAGCGAUCCAGCUCCGCCGCCUCCGCCACCUCCGCCGCUGCUCUCGGCCCAGCUCUGCCCGGCGGGGGAAGCCCGUCGGACCGGGGGCGGGCGCAGCCAGCGCCGGCGGCGGUGCGCCGCGCCGUUCUAGGUCGCCGCGCUCGGCCAGAUGGUCACCGGCGCCGGCGCUCGCCAGCCAGUCGCGCUCACGACGUGCUGCCAGAAACAUGAGGCUGGUGACGCUCCUCUCCGCUUGCCUGGCGCUGGCCGCCGCCAGCCCCCAGCAGGGAAUCCUGGGCCGGAAGGUGGGAUCGAGCUCUGCCAACCAGCUGGGCGUCGGCGGACCUCCCUGCGGCUCCCCCGACAAUGUGGAGGCCAGCAAGCCCAACAACCUGCGGGUCUCUGAGCUGGUCUCCUGGAUCCGAAUCACCUGGGACCGGCCGGCCUGCGAGGGCGACCUCAGCUCCUACAUCAUGGUCAUCCUGGGAGGCACCACCAGCUACGACACCGAGAUCAAGUGUGACGAACAGCAGUGCACGUUCGACAUGAACCCGGCCGUGUGCGACUACUGCAUCAAGCCCAACGUGGACUACACCUUCUCGGUGGCCGCCGUCCUGGAGGACUCUCAGCUCGGACCCGCCGCCACCGUCAACCAGGCCGUCGACGUGGAGACGUGCCCCAACUUCGUGGCGCCUCUGCACACGACCACGCUGUGCCGCGGUGUCUCCGAGGUGAACGCCAACGGCGACUGCAACAACCAGGUGCUCUGGAGCAAGGGCUCCAUGUGCCAGGCCCAGUGCGAGGAGGGAUACGGCUUCUUCGACCCGCCCGCCAAGAAGUACGACUGCGGCGCCGGCGGACAGUGGAGCCCCGAGGGCAGCGCACCAGAGUGCUACCAGAUUGUGCCCGUGUACUCUGCCAACCUGCAGUACAAGAUCACCUACCAGCGCGAGUCGGUCGAGUCGCUGCAGCACCAGUUCGAUGGACUGGUCUACAAGUACAACGACAUCUUCUGCCCGUACCCGGAGGAGUGUGGCGUCUCCGACCUCUCCACCAAGGCCUCCCUGGACAAGGACGGCCGUCCGCUGAUGGACGUUGUGCUCACCAUCGACACACCUGUCUACAACAUCACUGACCAGGAGGGCUUCAUCGACAUCGUCAGCGAGGCGCUCAGCACCGUCACAGAGGACAACGCCUUCAUGACCCUCAUCGACUACGACAAUAUCGAGCUCGUGCUGCCCAUCAGGCAGCGCAAGGGCAAGCGCAACAAGGCCCAGGCGUCGCUCUGCUGUCACAAGUGCCCCGAGGGACACGCCUACAGGCUCGGACACUGCGUCAAGUGCCCGACGCCGAACUGCAACUAAGUCUCCAGCCGGCGGGCUUCAUUUUAUCUGAAGCUGGUCCGUGCGGGAGGCUCCGGAGACGGUCGGCUGUCUCCCGCCACCAUCAUCCACCGUUCAGACGGCGGGGCGGGUGACGCGCCAGCGGACACCGUGCGCGCGUGCCGGCGAACAGACUGGGCAGUGUGUGAGCAGCUAACCCGGGCUGAGUGGAACGGUGACGUCACACCGAUACGGUGACGUCACGCGGCAGCGUGUGACGUCACUGUUAAUGAGUCGCCGUCACUCGGGCUGCGCGCGAUCGAGUUCAAACCGUCUUAGGCCAUCGAAAUUUCUAGAGACGCGCUGCUGCCUGCGAUUGUGUGAAUGUGGCGCGCCUGAGACGGAUGUGUGACGCAGAUCGAGUGUUGGACGCAUGGGUGGCGCACCGUGCUCAAGGUUUUAGCCGCCGAAGAGCGAACGAAUCUCUCGUUUUCCAUCGUACCGCCAUCAUAUCUAUUUAUUGUUACCAUACUUUGUGAAUGGAGUGCUGGCAUGUUGGGCGGCCCUCCGCCCCGAGCGGCGGAGUGCGCGCCGUCAAGUAUUCCCAUGAAGUAUAUAUAGGCCACUGUUGGUUGUUGCUAGUUCCAUGACCUGUGCAUUCGGUGUGCAGCGUGUGACAACAUUGUGACAGAUCACAAAUAAACCUUAAAAUCGA